AUCUGCAACUACAAGGUGCUACAGAAUUGCAUCUGUUCCGGAAGCAGAAUCUGAAUCACUUGCUCCUCAUACUAUUAAAGCAUGGAUAUGGACACAAGAAACUGGACACAAGCAACAAUAGGUUAUGAACAAAAUUUCUUUAUGAUCACCAGCAAUUAAUGCCUGCAGGCUCCCUUCGUAAAAAGAAGCUGGCAAAAAGACCUGGAUACAUGAGACCAGAAGCUCAGCAACGGAUAGAGUUUCAGUCCCUUGGUGCCUGCAAACCAUCCAGACCAGGAGAGCUGCAACAUGGAAGGCAGGGUUGUGGAGACUUUGAGAACUGCGCUCUAUGCAGACAAUGCCAAAAUAACUUCGAAUUCCUGUGCUGUAGUGAAGUUAGUAGCACUGUAGUUCCUGCUGAUGGGGUAACAAUGUUGGCCACUACUGGAAAUAUGCCAGGAUGCUGCAAAAAUCUAUCGUGUUGCAAGAGUCUACGAUCAGAAAACACAGUGACAGCAGCUUGCUCUGCUGCCGCAACAAGCAAAGGAGAUGUUUCUGCUGUAUGCUGUACACGGCAGAAAAGCCACAGUGCUAAAGUGAACAAGCCCCCAAACAUGUAUGCUUUGGAUCGGACAGAAGUGAAUAACAACUGUGAAUAUCAAAACAGAGAUGAUAUUUCUCAUUCUGCUGUUGCACACAAUAGUUUAGAUAGUUUUAGUUCAAGUUUCAGCUUCAUACAGCUCUCCCUGAACUCGGCCUCUGGAGUAAAUGAUGUUGAAGGCAAAUCAACUGUUGAGGAAACUGAGAUUGUUCUGCAUCCCAAAACCACAGGAAGUCUGCAGAAGCCAGAAGAGAUGUCACAAACUCAUGAGAACUUGGGAGAUUCAUGUUGCUUCUCCAGGUCCAGUGAGGAUUUGGAGCAUGAACAUGAGAGCCCUGUGAAUGAUAAAUUCCAGGACUGUGAGACUCUCUCUCUCUCAGAUAUAGAUGCAACAUUUUCAUAUUCUACAGAUUCCUUGGAUGCAGCAUCUGCUGGCUCUUCUGUCACCUCAGGCUAUGAAAGUAGCUUUACUGUUAGUGACCGUAACUGGGAUAUUUUGAUGAAAAAAUAUGAACCAGUGCUGCAGGAUUGCUUGCUUGGCAACCGCAGUACACUAAAGAUAAAAUCCUUGAUCUUACGGCUUCAGAGGCUUCAGGAAAAAGCAAUAGAGGAAGAUGACUACGAUAGAGCUGAUAAAUUUAGACGGAAACUGGAAGAACUGGAAAAAGAGAAAAAAUCUUUAAAAUUUCAACUUCCUUCAAGGCAUCCUUCAGUCAGCAGUUUUUUGGAUAGACUCAUUACCCAAGUUCAGGCAGCACUGCGCUGGGCUGCUGAUCAUCGGGUUAGACAUGAAGAAAACGAUCUUUGUCAUGAAAAAGAACAUAAACUUUUGAGAUCAACUUACCAGGAGAGAAUGCAGGUUUCGGCCACAAAACGAAGCCAGCUUUUUCAAGAAAAGAAAUGGUUACAGAAAGAAAUUGAAGACCUCCGAACAAGACUGACCAUAUUAGAAGCAAAAGAUCAACAGCUAAGAAGAGAAAUUGAAGAACAAGAUAGACUUAUUCAGUCACAGGACUGUGAACUGGCUACUUUACUUGGUUGCAUUUCUUUGAGAGAACUGCAGGAAAUAAGCAAGGCUGUGGAUGACACUUUAGCAGCCUCCUAUCAAAUUCCAUUCAGUCUAGAUCUUCCAGGAACAAUAAAAAGCCUUCAGGAAAAAGAACGAUUGUUCAGCAUGUCCAUUAAAGAAACUACUGCCAAAGUUUGCACGAGUCAGAAACUCUGCAGUACUUUGAGGAGGAAAGUGAGUGAUAUUGAGACUCAGCUACCAGCUCUACUUGAAGCCAAAAUGCUGGCUGUUUCAGGAAGUAAUUUUGGCACUGCGAAGGAUCUUGCAGAAGAAAUAAGGUCAUUAACAUCUGAGAAGGAGGGACUGGAAGGACUACUCAAUGAACUGUUGGUUCUGAGUGCCAAAAAUGUCCGAAAGUUAGAGAGAAUUAAAGAUGAUUACACCAGACUGAAACAAGAACUUGAGCAAGGAGAGACUGCCUUUGUGACCAGUGUAAAAGAAAAUGCUGAGAAGUACAUGGAGAUUCUAGAGGAUAAACUACAUAGCUGUGGGAGCCAGCUGCUCCAAAGAGUGUGGGAAGCUGAUUUGGAGGCAUGUCAGCUGUUCAUCCAAGGGUUUCAGCUGAAAGAAACCAGUUGCUGCGUUUUUGAGGAAGAAGAGAACCAACUGGAGGAGAUGGAGAUGACUGCUGAUGGCCCACCUGACUCUGAAAAAAGAAAAGAAGGUCACUUUUUGAAGGGCACAGAGUGGGUUACUGUUUCCUGCCACAAACACAGUGAGCUGAAAGAGGUUAUGGAAGACAUUUCAUUUGGAACAGAAGGUCAUUUGUCUGAGGAGUUCUUCAUAUUUUCUGCAGAGUUAGGAGAAAAAUGUGAAGCAAUAAGUGAGAAAUUGGUGCAUCUGGAAGAUCAAUUGCAAAGUUCCACCUGCAGAGUUGAUGAAGGAGUUAUUCAGUCUCUUCAGAGGGAGAUCCAGGUAGUGAAGGAGACACUCCAGACCAUGCUAGUGCAACUUCAGUCAGCCAAGGAGGCAGGAGAAGAAAAGGCUGGAGACUUCCUCUGUGACAGCUGGUGUCCAGGAAAACAAGACUUGAAGGAAUAAUGAGCAGAAAGAGCUGGUAGGAUAACAUUAAUUCACAAAGGGCUGCUUUUAGUAACUGAAUACUGUUUUACUAAGCCUCAGGGAUCUCUUCUCUCCCCUGCAUAACUAAUAACUAAAUCAAUUAUGGAGAAAUAGAGCCUGAAGGUCUAUCAUCAGAAGUAUGCUAGGCAGCCUCACAUGUUUUGGCACAGAUUGGGAAACAGCUUUCAGAGCAGAGAAGCUCCUGUAAAUGUGUAGAUUACAAAUUGAUACAUUUCAAGUGAGUCUGCAAAGUUGCCUUUAAUGUCAGUGAAAUGUUCUCCUUGAAGACUCGUAAACGGUAUCUGUCUCAUGGAUUUUUUUUUCCUCCCGAUUUAAAAAUGCAGCAUUAAAGCUGGAACAUCUAGUAUUUCUUGGAAAAUAGCUGUAAGAAUAAUAAGAACUUUUUUCCCCUUUGGCUUUAAACAGCUUUCUUACACUGAAUGUAUUUUCACGUUCCUGCCAAUAAUUAAAUCAAUAGGAUGAAAUUCAAGCUAACCAAGUUCUUUCAACAGAAAUUUGGAUCUCAUUUACUCUGUGGUAUUGAGUACAGUAGAGGUAACUAACAGCAGUCCUAUAGCAGUAGUUUAACUAGCUUUAAGUAUAAACUUGCUUUAGUAUUAACAGGGGUUGUAAAGCAAAAAAAAAAGCCUAUGUUGAUAUGUGUUCCUUACAUUUAAAUAUUGUAUGAACAACAAGACAUUUAAGUCUCCUUGUAAAGGUUACUACUAUUACUUUGAUCUUCCUUAUAAACUUCAGAAGGAAUGUAGAUUUUUUUUGCAAGACACAUCCAUAUAUACAUCCUUAAACAUGUAUUUUUAUAGGAAAUAAAAGCAAUUCUCAACUGAAGCCAACCAUUAUAAAUUAUCUCUAUUUAGAUCAUUGUUCAAAACAGUUAAUCCUUCAAAAAUUCAUUGUGUACUCUUCCUGUGAUACCAGUAUAUCUCUGAUGUCAUAAAAAAAAUUCUGUUUCUGUCAUUUGUUCCAGAGGGAAAAUUAAAAAAAAAACCAAAUCACUGAAUUGUUUUAAAUCCAAUAGAUGAAGAAAAUGUCUUGCAACUCAGUGCUGUACUUUUUUUGAUACUGUUUUUCUGACACAUUUAGAAUUACUUUUCUCUGCUACUUCAAUUACUCAUUUUAUAGCCACAUUGUGAAGGUUUUUAGCAAAUUCUGGAGGUCACUGGACUACUUGCCCAAUAAGAUUGUGUUCAUUUUUCUUGUGUUUUUAAAUACUAGUUGAAAAUUCUACCUCAAUGUUAAGUACAUAAUGAAGGAGGAAAAAAGUGCCAGGCAGCUGAGACAUACAACAGGAUUAUAAUUGCCUGCAGGAGCAUACAGUUGUCAAACCAGGGAAGCAGAACUCUGGUGGUUUCUGUGGUCAUCAGAUCCUCAGGGUCAAAUUACAACUCUGUAAUUCAGAACCUGGUUGACUUCUUGUUGUGUAAUAUAUGGGCCAGCAUCCAUGUUGCUGUAAAGACUCUUGGAUCUUAAGGUUGCAUGGACUCUGCUACUGCAUUCCCCAUCCUGUUUCAAAUGGAGGUCUCUUGCUGCUCUGCUGCUGCUCUGACAAGUUUCUUCCUGUAAGUCCCUGUUUAAUACCUACCUCCCCCUAGUAGCUUUGACACUUUCUGAAGCUCCCCUGAACAGAUGAGCAAGGUGUUUGUCUCCAGCUCAAGGCAGCCCAACAAGCAUGGGUGGCAGCCUGCAGCAACCUGACAUUCAGCCCAUGCACAGGACCAGCUCCAUGCGAAACCCCACCUGCCAGAAAGCACUCAUGGAAACCCACGUGAGUUCAGGUAACAGGAAAGAGAGCACACUGACAAGAUAGAGCUCUUAAAACUGUUUCUUUAAGACCCACAGAAGUUCCUUGUGGGUUAAUACCACAGAGGGCCCAGGUACUGAGUAUCCAGCAAUGAGCAUUUAUAUAGGACAAUGAGGACAGUCCCAGAGACAAUGGCCAGUACACUAAGAUUGCAUGACACUCCUCUCUCGCACACUGCAGAAUAUGUUGAGUUUUGUCCUUUGAAUAAUUAGUGCCUACACUGCAAAUAGCUGGUAGGCCCUAGAAGUGCCUUAGAGCCAGGAUCAGCCACAGCUGGAGCAUGAAGUCCGCCUCCUUGCAGCAGCAAGGGCUCAGCAACAGGGAUAUUAACCAACCAUCAGAGGGACAGGGAAACAGCACCCUCAUUCUCACUAGCAAGGUUUCUUGAAGACACUCCCAUUCAAUUAAAAAAACCCUGUGUGGCUUUUGUGUUUUGAAGCUUCAGAGCAUCACUGCAUUUUAAUAAAGCUCCACUUAGGUAACCACUCUAAGAAGACACUGAACUCCUGAGAAGGGAAACUGGAUCAGUUAUCAUUCAUGUUAUAUUUGUAUCUGUUAACAUUUAUUUUAAACAUAAUGUUGACUACUACUACUUUAAUUUAUUAUUCCAUUAACUUCACUGUUUGUUGUGGGAAGUUAGAGCCAGUAACCAUCCCUUUUCUCAGACACAUUUGAUAAUAAGCAUACUAAAAAAAAAAGUAUACUAUGCAAUGUCUCAACUGCCUUUUAUCUGUGGAUAGAAAACUUUCAAAUAAAAAGAAGUAUGUUUUUAACUAA